AUGGCAGACGAAGCAUCUCAGCCACUUCUCAAAUUCACAGGCCACCGCCACCUCACCACCCGGCUCAUCCUCUCCACCCUCACAGGCCGCCCGAUCAAAAUCUCCCAAAUUCGCUCCUCAUCACCCACACAUCCCGGUCUCGCCCCCCCCGAAGUAAAUCUCCUGCGUCUCCUAGAUAGUAUUACUAAUGGCUCCACAACGGAAUUCUCCAUGACAGGGACCACACUCGUAUACCGACCCGGUCUAAUCACCGGCAGUGCAGAGGGCUUGGGAGCAAGCGGCGGCGUCAUACGGCACGUCCUAGGCAAAGAAUGUGGUAUGCGAGGUGUGAGCUGGUGGCUAAUUCCCCUCUGCAUUCUCGCGCCAUUUGCGAAAUCACAGGUCAAUGUGGUGUUCUAUGGAGAGGGCGUGGUGACUUCUGCAACACCAUCUGGAGAUGUUUCUGUGGACUCAGUGCGCACGGCGAUUCUUCCGAUAUACAAAAGCUUUGGUAUCGACCGCAAUAUCGAACUACGCGUGCUGAAACGAUCGUGUGCGGCGAAGGCGGGGGCGGAGGGUGGAGAAGUGCAGCUCGUGUUUGGACACCAAGUCCGAUUGCCCAAGACUCUGCAUCUACUUAACCCAGGGCGCGUCAAGAGGAUAAGAGGUGUAGCAUAUGCAGUCGGUGUAUCGGGAUCGAACAACGCGCGCAUGAUCGACACCGCUCGUGGAGUCUUGAACGCCUUCGUUCCAGACACGUACAUCUUCUCCGACGUCUCCAGUGCACCCUUGAUAUCAAAUAAGGACAAGACGAACCCCUCUAUUAAGAGGAAAGCGGGAAUAGGCUUUGGCAUAAGCCUAGUAGCAGAAUCUUCGACGGGGUGUCUCUACUCCGCAGACCUGGCGUCUCCCCCUGAAGGUGGUACGCCCCCCGAAGAUAUCGGCAAGCAAUGCGCGUAUCAGCUUCUCGAGGUUAUAUCGCAGGGUGGGUGUGCGAGUAAGGUAGCUGCGUCUACUAUGUUGAUACUCAUGGCUAUGGGGAGUGAGGAUGUGGGCAGGUUGCAGAUGGGGAGGGAUGUUGUGGGGAGUGAGGAGGUUGUGCAGCUUGGGAGGGAUUUGGUCGCGUUUGGGGCGAGCAGCUGGGGGCUGAGGGAUGUAAUGGGGGAGAAAGGGGAUGGCAGCGAGGGUAUUGUGGUCAGUGUUGUUGGGAGGGGGGUUGGGAAUGUUGGGAGGAAGGUUGCGUAG